AUGGCGUGUCCCCCGGAAAGUGAAGCCCGAGCUGUGGGCUCCAGUGAAGCCGCUGAGGGAGCCGCAGGGGCCCGGGCUCCUAUCCGACAGUCUCCUGCAGUCAUCGCAGCCUCUCCAGGAUCAAUGAUGGUGGAGUCAGUGGACGAUGCGGAGGGGCUAUACGUUGCGGUUGAAAGAUGCCCGCUGUGUAACACGGCGAGACGGAGGCUGACCUGCGCUCGGUGCAUUCAGGCGGGCGACUUCGUUUAUUUCGAUGGCAGAAACCCUGAAAGAUACACAGAAAAGUUGGAAAAGCUUCAGAAGAUGAAAAAUGAAAAAGAGAAUCUUCAGCAAAGAGUCAUCAAUGCUAUGAACAAGAAGGUCCAGGCAGACCAACUUAAGUGGAAAAUCAUGUCAUGCAGGAUGAAAAUUGAGCAGCUGAAAGAAGCAAUCUGCAGUGGGAAUGAAGAAGUGAAGAGUGGCAAAGAUCUGUUGCUCCGCUCCCAGGAAGAAGGCCAGAGACUGCAGCGCCGGGCUAGUCGGCACCAAGAAAAGAGGGACAAGAUAGAGCGUCAUAACCGUCGCUUGAGUGAGCUGCUGGAUAAAAGGACUAAAGAGUUGCAGGGCCGACUGGAGGCUCUGGCUGAGGUGCGGAGGGGCCACAUCCUGGAACUUACCACCUACAUCUUCCCCACACAAGAGGAGAAGCAGGGUAGCAGGGACCCAGCUGAUCCUGCUGUGGCAGAAUAUGACUUUGCCCUCACAUCUAGCACUGUAAGUGAGUUAGCUGAGGCCCGUCGAACAACUUACAUGUCUGGACGGUGGAUCUGGGAUGACCAGAAUGGAGAGACGAGCAUUAGUAUCACUGGACCUCAUGUCACUCUGCCCAGCAAUGGAGAUUGUUCAGCCUACUACAGUUGGGUAGAGGAGAAAAGCACUAAUCCAGGCCCAGAGCUGGAUCAUAUAAAUCCAGCCCACACCAUUAGUGCAGCUCUCUGCUAUGCUACUCAACUUGUUAACAUCCUUUCUCAUAUUCUGGAUGUCAAUCUGCCCAAAAAGCUGUGCAACAGUGAAUUCUGUGGUGAUAAUUUGAGCCGUUACAGAUUUACUCGCGCUGUCAACAAACUGAACACCAACAUCCUGCAUCUCUGUUUCUCCCAGCAUGUAGACAGUGAGCUGCUCCAUCCCCACCACACAUUGAGGAACAUCAUGUUUUUAGUCUCUCCAGAGAAUAAGAACCUUGGCAGGACUGGGCCGUUUGAGGUCAGUGCAGAUUUGGAAGACUCAAUGGAGUUUGUGGAGCCAGAGGCUGCAGGGCCUACGGAGGAAAGUGGAGAUGAGGCAGUGACGGAUGAAGAGACAGACUUGGGUACAGACUGGGAAACAGUACCUAGCCCUCGCUUCUGUGAUAUUCCUUCUCAGCCCAUGGAUCUGUCUCAGAGUACAGCCAUGCAGGCCUCCCAGCCAGUAGGCAACGCUGGAGGAAUGAUCUCCUCCGCUGCUGCCUCAGUCACUUCCUGGUUCCGUGCCUACACUGGCCAGCGCUAAGACCAAGCUGGGGUGCAGACUGCUGUAGCUAUGCAAACAGACAAUUUGUUUCUCCCUCUUUUGUCAGAUCUUAUUGGAAAAAGGGAUGUUUACGGUCAUCUGACGGCAUGGAGAAAAAAUGAAUGUGUGUGGUGGAAAUGAGGGGGAAGGAAACCAUUUCCAAAAGCAACCAGUUUCUGACAAGGAAGGCAAGCUGUGUUUUGAGGGUUGAUAAUAGAAAUAGGACUUACCAAACUGCUUACUCUGACAUUUCAGACCUUUUGUAGCUCACAAACACUGUAGAUGCCCCUCAUUAUCCACUGUCUGCAACUAGCCUCUCUACUAUAAAGCUUGAUGCAUAGAAGAGACAUGAUCUGUUGUGAAGAUUGUCAGCAAGUUAAGAAAAUAACACUACAAGAGGUGACAGAUUGUGCAAGUUGCAAGUCACAUUGAUGGGCUUGUUUGCUUACACAGAAACACUUUAUUUUUUGAAUAUGGAAGCAAACAAGUUGAAAACAACUUGCUGGGUGAUCUCACAACACCCAUAUGUCAGAACCUCCCUUCCAGUGUGAGACUCCCUUCAGAACCACCAUGAGAUUGUAGUGUUAGUGGCUUAGUAUGUUCAGUUAUUUUAGCAGUGCAAGAAUAGUAAAUGUAAGACAUUGGUUGUCAGAUUCAUCUAUGACAUUAGAGAGUGAUCGUGCUGGCAGGCGCCGACAUGUCAAAUUUUGCUGAAAAAUGAAAACGCACCUUCUCACCAGCUAUUCAGCGACCCUAACUGUAUAAAUGUUGCAGUAGUCUGGGAAUGGAUUAUUGAUGUUAUGGGUGUGUUUGUAUGGUAUUUUAUUAAAUUUUAUAUAUAUAUAUAUAUACACAUAUACAUAUAUAUAUAUAUAUAUAUAUAUAUAUAUAAGGAGUUUUACUUUAGGAAGAAAUAAGUGGGGAUGCUCAUUUUAUGCCAUCUUGGCAGUCCUGCCUUUCUUUCUAUUACUACUAACUACUACUAUGGGAUCUGGUAGGCAUGAACUUUAGAACUGAAAUCUUGAUUAAAAAUUUAUAUCAUGGUUUGGUUGGGUUCUAUUGUCUUAUUGGCUCUGUCUUGAUAAAGUCAAAAAGAUGCAUCUUAAAUUUGGAGGACACUUGUGUAAAUGUGUGACAAGCAAUAUUUUGUAUGUCUGGGCAAAACUGAAAAAGUAUAAUAAAAAAAAAAAAACACAUUAUUAAACUGAAACAUGUCCGAGACAUUUACUGCGUAUGACAAAACAUUGUUGUCAUCAAGAAUCAUUUUUGUUUCAGGGGAAAGAACCGAUUAGUUGUCUGGAAUUAAAACAAUGGGAACCAGAUAUUUUCAUGCAUUUUAUUACCCAGUCAAAUGUGUUCAUCCACUCAUUUAUACUGUGCACUUCAAGGCCACACAAUUUAAAAAGGAGAAAAAGAAAUAUUUAUAUAUCUGUAUAUACAUAGUUUGAGUAAAAUAAAGCAACUGUGUGAUCCCAAUGCACAUUUGAGUAUUAGGAGAUUUUAUAUACACAUACACAUACAAGAAAACAUUAAGCAUUGUAUAAUAUUUUAUAUAUCUCUGAUUAGGAGAUGUCAGAUCUGUCAGGCACAAGGAACAACAGGGACAUGAAAGGGUAAAGCAACUUGAAACUGCUUAAUAGUAAAAGUCAAGCCCAAAGGUACUGGACUUUUUACUCCACUUAUACCAAAUAUAACAUUCAGGCUCGUUCACCAAUAUCUUCCAAGGUUUUGUCUUAAUUUCCUACGUUAAGACUUUUUCUUAAAGUCUGUCAGAUUCGUGAUGUACUCCUAAACUGUUCACAUACUUGAGUGUGUGCAGAUUCUGUUCUUCCCUAAGAAAAAAUCCCAAAUAGGGAAACAUUGGUAAAUGUCGGAAUUUUUGCAAAUACUGCAUAAGUGGGUUUUAAGAAGAAAUUUCUUAAGAAUGGUUGGUGAAUGAGGCCCAUUGCCCUUAAAAAUAUUCCAGGGAUCAUUAAUGUUGUGAAUUUCUUUCUCAAGUGCAAUAGGUUUACCUCUCCCCCAACCUUUGUAAGUCACAAAAUCCUAAUACUAAAAAGUAAAUUCUCCCAACUUUAAAAUCAUACACAAAUGUUCAAGUUAGAAUGCAAUACUUGCUUUAUGUUUGCAUGAAAUCAAAAGAGGAAAUAGGUGCAGCUUACAGAUCCUCCAAGAAUACACUUUAUUGAAGUAAAAUGCCUUAUAAGGCAGAAAACAGGUAUUACAAUAAUGCUCUUUAAAAUUCUGAAACACACUUUGGAGACCAUUCUCUUUCCAUUUCUGUGAAUUCUGUGUUUUUUUCCAGAUGCCAUCCAGUAAGCUGCUGUUAAGAUAAUAUGGUUGGUCAAUCUCCCCACAUUCAAAUGUCUCCUUGUGAGAAACACUGCAUCAUACCAGGGAGAUGCCAACAUUUAAAGGUGUAUGCACUGCUAUUUUACAGUGGUUAAUGUAAGGAUUCACUGUAGAACAAGAGCAAGCAAUGUGAAAUACACACACUUUGGCAUUAAAGUGUUGAACCUGAAGUUGCAGUUCAAGUCACACUUAUGCCAUCAUUCUUCACCCUAUUAUGAUACAUGACUCUGCUAUGUACAAUGUAAACAACUGGGCUCAGAACAACUUUCAGACCAGCCAGAGAUAAAGUCAGCUACUCCAACUUUCCCCAGGAAAUGUUAUUAGGAUGAGAUGGUGCAUGGGGCAGUGAUUUUAAACAAUUAUAUUAAGCCCUUUAUGUAAGCAUCCCUACUGUGAACAAGAUAAAGUUUCCAUCAUAUAGAAAAGUUAGGCUUAUUUAUGUCAAAUAUACUGAAUGACAGUGAACGCAAAUCAAUGAAGAUUUUUUGAGGUGUUCCUUAAGAAAUAAGUUAGUGAAAAGUAGGUUAAUGCUUGUCAAGAGUAGAAUCAGUGAAAGCAGUACCCUGACAGAAUUCAUGGGAAUUCAGUCUUUUCUUAAAAGGUUAAAGUGCAGACCAACUUUAAGGACCUGAGGAGGGUAGAGAGAUGAGUUGGUGGUUAGCAGGAGAGGAUCAGAGGAAAAAAUUACAGCAAUCCACCUGGUUAGUUUCAGCAAUAUGGUUACAAGCAGUUUCAACAUCCAAAGAAAAAAAAACAAAAACAAAA